UCUCGUAGCUAUGCCACUAUCGGCCUUCCUCUUCCAGCGAGCCCUCCAAGCUUCACAACGUAUCCCCAACCAUUCCCAUCUCUUGUUCCUCUUCGCAGUCAGCAGUGGAGGAUUUGUGACAUAUGCCGAUGCAAAAUCAGAAAACGACCACAAAUUACCUCAAGCGUCCACCAAGAAGAAAAUAGUAGUGCUUGGAACUGGUUGGGCUGGCACUAGUUUCUUGAAGAACCUAAAUACUUACUUGUAUGAUGUACAAGUGGUGUCACCUCGAAACUAUUUUACGUUUACUCCUUUGUUACCCAGUGUCACUUGUGGAAUGGUUGAGGCGCGCAGCAUUGUUGAACCUAUCCGCAGAAUCAUUUGUAAGAAAAAGGGAAAAGUUACAUUUUGGGAUGCUGAAUGUUUGAAGAUUGAUCCCUUUAAUAAGAAAAUUUAUUGUAAUCCUUGCGCUGGAAGUAAUGUGGAAGGUGGCGGUGAAUUUAUAGUAGAUUAUGACUACUUGGUGAUUGCAGUUGGUGCCAGGGUGAACACAUUCAACAUUCCUGGUGUCCUGGAGCAUUGCCAUUUUCUUAAGGAAAUAGAGGAUGCUAGGGACAUUCGCAAGAAUGUGAUGCAUUGUUUUGAAAGGGCCAGCCUCCCUAAUCUUAAUGAUGAAGAGAGGCAGAAGGAUCUUCACUUUGUUGUUAUUGGAGGUGGUCCAACAGGGGUUGAAUUUGCUGCACAGUUGCAUGAUUUUAUCACUGAAGAUUUGGCUGGAUUAUAUCCACAAGUGAAACACCUAGUGAAGAUAUCACUUGUUGAAGCUGGGGAACAUAUCCUUACCAUGUUUGAUAAGAGAAUUACUGAAUUUGCUGAGAAGAAGUUCCGAAGAGAUGGCAUUGAAGUGAAGACGGGAUUUCAGGUUGUGAAUGUGUCUGAUAAGACCAUAACAAUGACCAGCAAAUCAUCUGGAGAAGCUUCUGUACCAUACGGAAUGGCCGUCUGGUCCACUGGAAUAGCAACUCAUCCUGUCAUACUGAACUUGAUGAAACAAAUUGGUCAAGCAGAGAGACGUGUACUAGCAGUUGAUGAAUGGCUUAGAGUUUGUGGAUGUGAAGAUGUGUAUGCACUUGGUGACUGUGCCACAACAAUUCAGAGAAAAGUGAUGGAAGAUAUAUCUGCAAUAUUUAAGAUGGCAGAUAAAGACAAUUCAGGAAUUUUAACACUGAAAGAAAUUCAAGAUGUUUUAAAAGAAAUCUACCUGAGAUACCCUCAGGUAGAGCUCUACAUGAAGACGAAACACAUGACCGAUGUUGUAGAUCUUGUGAAGGAGGCAAAAGGUGAGGCAGCGAAAGUAUCAGCUGAGCUAAGCAUCGAAGAAUUCAAGAAAGCUCUUGCAAAUGUGGAUUCACAGGUGAAGACACUUCCUGCGACAGCUCAGGUUGCUGCACAACAAGGAUAUUAUCUUGCUCAAUGCUUCAACAAGAUGAAGGAGACUGAGGAUAGACCUGAAGGUCCUAUACGUAUAAGAGAAUCAGGUCGUCAUCGAUUUAAACCCUUUAGGUAUAAGCAUUUUGCUCAAUUUGCCCCACUGGGUGGAGAGCAAACAGCUGCUCAGCUUCCUGGAGAUUGGAUUUCUAUAGGCCACAGCACCCAGUGGCUUUGGUACUCAGUUUAUGCAAGCAAGCAAGUCAGCUGGCGCUCAAGGAUGCUGGUGAUAAUGGACUGGUUGAAGCGAUUCGUAUAUGGGAGGGACUCCAGCUGCAUCUAGUCAUUGUAAACAAAGUUAGCUGCCUAGUGUAGAACCCAUAAGUCAACAACUAUUGAAAAAGUUGCAGAUCAAUGACUAGCAGACAAAGUUCAGAG